UUCUCACUCUUGAAGAUUCGUUGAAAUCAUCAUGUCUGGACGUGGCAAAGGAGGUAAAGGUCUGGGGAAAGGAGGCGCCAAGCGUCACCGCAAAGUUCUCCGCGACAACAUCCAGGGCAUCACCAAGCCCGCCAUCCGCCGUCUGGCUCGCCGCGGCGGAGUCAAGCGUAUCUCCGGACUCAUCUACGAGGAGACUCGCGGGGUGCUUAAGGUCUUCCUGGAGAACGUCAUCCGCGACGCCGUCACCUACACCGAGCACGCCAAGAGGAAGACGGUCACCGCCAUGGAUGUGGUCUACGCUCUCAAGAGGCAGGGACGCACCCUCUACGGCUUCGGAGGCUAAACACCAACAACGACCACAACAACACAAAGGCUCUUUUAAGAGCCACCCACAACGCACU